AUGUCAACCUCUAGAACCUCAGAUACACCCUUCAAAGGAUAUGAUCCAAACCAAACCCAAAUGUGCCUAUCACUCCUUCAACGCAACACAUCUCCGUGUGGUGAGAGAAGAGGCAGAAGGAAACAAGCAGAACCAGGAAGGUUUCUUGGAGUGAGGAGGCGCCCUUGGGGUCGCUAUGCUGCUGAAAUUAGAGACCCUUCAACCAAAGAAAGGCAUUGGCUUGGCACAUUUGACACUGCUCAAGAAGCAGCUCUUGCUUAUGACAGAGCUGCUCUCUCCAUGAAAGGAAGCCAAGCAAGAACCAACUUUGUUUACACUGACAACAUCAACUUUCACUCUCUCCUUUCUCCCAUGGAUGCUCAAUCUCUCUUGCCAGCUUCUCAGCUCCUCACUAACACUCAUAUCAAACAACCAACCAAUCAAAAUAGCCUCUCUCAGCUUCAUACUUCAAACUGUGCAAACCCCUCCAUGCUGAACAAUGACGUGUGUGUUGAAACCGCAUUUGGGUCAGCUACGGAUGAUAAUUUUUUCUUUUCCAAUGAUUCUUCUAACUCGGGCUAUCUUGAAUGCAUUGUUCCUGAUAACUGUUUCAGACCUGCCUCUUCCAGUACCAACAGUUCAUCAAACUCCAGAAAGAGCAAUGUGAGUGCCUCAAGUGAUCAAAAGGUUAGCUCAAUCAACAAAAACUCCAUGGAGAGUCAUCCACCACACGCUGACAUGACUUCAUUCUCUAAAGAAACCAUGAAAAUGCCACCAAGGGAAUCUAACUUUUCAGAAUUUUCUUUUCCAAGUCAAGGAUUCUGGGAUGAUCAGCACUCAUGGGAUUGGAAUAGCAGUGAACUUUCAGCUAUAUUUAAUAACCCAUUAAGUGUUGAAGAUGGGUGCAUGGAUACACUGUACCCCAUCACGGAUAGUCCAAGUCCAAGCUAUGGCCUAUUGAAUCAAGCUGCUUCUUCAACUAAUUGUUCUCCAUCACUUCCACCCUUUGGGGACGUAGACUUGGGAUACCCACUCUUCUGA